GAGAGAGAGAGAGAGAGGGAGAUGGGAUGGGAGUGUUAAAAGUUAAAACCGCGUAGGGAAGUAUGGUUGUCUAGUUGCGCCGUGUGACCGAUCUCAUCUUCUUCCUACUUUCGCAUUGAAUUGAAGUCUUCCUAUAGCUUCAUUUCCCUUUCACACACAAUUAACUUUCUCUAUCUCUCUCUCUCAGUCUCGCUCAGUCUCUCUCUCUCUCUCCUCCGAGCCAAAUUUAGGCUCUACAUCUUAGAAUCCUCAUUACAUCUUCAGAGCAGCACAUAGAUUUCAGUACAUGGCUUCACUUCCACACUGCAGUUGCAGAAAGGUAUUCCUCUUUUAUCUUCUGGUAUUUGUCUUCACGUCUAUAUUCGCCUGUGUCUACACUGAAACCCAAACACGAAGUAAUGAGAUUUUUGGUAGAAAACUGUUAGAUUCACAAAAACACGAUCAGGCAAUUAAGAAGAAAACCAGUACACUGUCCACCAAAAACCAAACCAAACUCAUUAAACCUUCAAUUUCAACCAAAAACCAAACCAAACUCAUCAAGACCACCACAGGUUCAACCAAAAAUCAAACCAAACUUCUCAAACUCACCUCCAAUGAAUCCAAAAACAAAACCAAACUCAUCAAACCCACCUCAGAAUAUUCAACCAAAGAAACACCCACCAUCAAAGCCCAGCUCAAGAAGCUCAAUUCCACCUCAAAGGCCUCAAAUUCAACCAAAUCCAGUUCACUCCUCACCAUGAAGUCCUCAGAUCUAGUUAAACCAGGCACACCCAAGAACAAAACUGCCAAACCCAUCACCACAAAACCAAACCAAACCCAGUCAGACAAGAAACUCAGUGAACCAAAAUCCAGAACUCAGAAUAAGAACCAGGCCACAGAUAAACAAGCAAAGCAACAAAAGACUCAAAAACCAACACAACCAAGUUGGUUUGAUCAACAAGAUGAAGAUGACUUGGUCUCAGAAUUCAGAGAUCUACCCUCCAAAUUUCAAGAAGCGUUUCUGCCAGAUAUGGAGAGAAUAUCUAAAAGUUCCAAAGUUUAUCUCACCAAAGCCAACAAAGAGAUUACCAAAGGGUUCAAAUCCAUUGUGGGUAACGAAUAUGCACCCACCAUUGCUUCUAUAGUCUCAUUUGCCUUCAUUCUAAUCCCUCUCCUUCUAGUCUCCCUCAUUUUCACUCGUAUCAAAGCCUAUUUUUCUCUCCAAAAGCUCUUGAUUUGCAUCCAAGUUUAUCUCUCUAUAUACUUCUCUAUCCUCUGCCUCUCUUCACUGGUCACUGGUCUCGAGCCACUGAGGUUUUUCUACGCUACUUCGCAGUCCACCUACAUCUGUGUACAGGUACUGCAAACGCUUGGAUAUGUAUUUUACCUUCUGCUGCUGUUGAUGUACUUGGUUCUGGUGUUCUCUACUGAGGCUGGGCUGGUCUCGAAGUUAUUGGUCCUGGGCCAGAUUUUUGUGAGCUUUGGUGUGGGCCUCCAUUAUUACAUGACGGUGUUUCACAGGGCCGUGUUGCAUCAACCGCCCAAGACUAGUUGGAGAGUUGCCGCCAUUUAUGCCACGUGUUUUCUUGUGAUUUGUCUGUUGGCUAGGGCUGAGAGGAGGAAGAAGGCUUAUUUGGCAGGUGAUGGUGAGGGCAAAAAUAGCUAAUUUCUUCUAUGAAGUCAUUUUUUUCUUCUUCUUUUCUCUUCCUUUUAAGUGCUUGGGUUUAAUUUUCAAGUUAAAAGCAGUGAAAAGGUUGGCUUUUAAACUUGUUUUCCCCUUUUACAACUUGUCAUUCAUUAAAAUUAUGAAUAAAGGUUGGAUUUAUUUUUGUCAUUCUGCCACGUGUGAACUCUUUUGGGUGGUUUGUGCAUACCAUUGCGGUUAAGUUGUUAG